AGCAUGAAGAGCUUGGUCCCCCAGCGGUGGGGUUUAUCCUUCAUGAAUGUCCGCAUCUUGUUGAAUGGUGAAGUCGAGGGAAGCACCGCCUCGUCAAAAGCCAUGAUGUUUGGGGGGAUGAAGUUGCGCUGGAACGUGUCUUGGAGCGCGUCAAUCACCGGUCGAAGCUCCACGCACGGUCAGUGGCAGCUUGAGCGUCAGAGUUGCUGA